AUGACGUGCCCAUUCCGCCGCGCCUCCUCCCAGCAUCAAUUUGCAAAUGGCGGCGGUUCCGGUAAAAAGUUGGAGUUUCGGUCUAGGCAGUCGUCGGUUCACCUUCCGGGUCCGGAAGAGGAGGAAGGGGAAAAUAACACCCUUACACUAAAACAUCUGAGUGAGGCGUUAAAGUUACUUACGGCACCAACGAAUGAUUGCCUUCACGCCGCGGUGACGUCAUUAACAAAGAACCAAGCCGAACAUUACGACAAAUACAAUUGUCUGAGGAGAUUACCAGAUGACGUAAGGACGUGCAGAAACUAUGCUUACCUACUAGAAAUUUACGAUGCGGUCCGAGCUACUGACAGUGUAUCUACUAAGGACUUUAUGGCAAAGUUAGGCGAGUAUUUAAUAUUAACAGCAUUUUCUCAUAACUGUCGACACGAAAGGGCGUUCAAAUGCUUAGGAUCUAAUUUAACAGAAUUCUUAACGACUUUGGACAGUGUACAUGACGUUUUACAUGAUCAGGAUGAUGCCUUAAAAGAUGAAUCGCCAGAAAACGAAGCAGCUUUCGUCUGUACAACAUCUGAUGCUGGUAGAAUACAAUUGCAUUUAACUACCGAGAGUGAACCAGUCGCAUACUUAUUAGUGGGAAGUCUGAAGGCAAUCGCCAUUAAGCUAUAUGACACACAGACGGAUAUAAGACUAAUGAGCUAUUCAAACGAUCCCAGGAAAUUUAGGUAUGAUAUAAGUUCCAUACCGUUACACCAGAGAUCAAAGGAGGAUAAUUGUCAGGCAACGAGCGAUGCUGUAAUUCUUGCGUCAUCUAACAAAGUGAAUGAUCUCAAGAUCGGCGUCGCAAGCUUUUGCAAAGCGUUUCCCUGGCACUUCAUUACUGAUAAGCGAUUAGAGCUUGUACAACUCGGUGGAGGUUUCAUGCGUUUGUUCGGAACGCAUCUAUCUUCACACGGGUCGUCACUUGGGACUUACUUCAGGUUGUUACGACCAAGGGGUGUCCCCCUAGACUUUCGCGAGAUCCUCAAACGCCUAAACACUCCGUUUAUGUUCUGUUUGAAGAUUCCGGGAUCGGCUUCUUCGGCUGAGGGCUUAGAAAUAAAGGGACAGAUGGUAUUCUGUUCUGAGUCCGAUUCCCUACUUUUUGUUGGAUCGCCAUUUCUUGAUGGCCUCGAAGGGCUAACUGGGCGAGGCCUAUUUAUAUCAGACAUCCCAUUACACGAUGCCACGAGAGAUGUCAUCUUAGUCAGCGAACAGACAAGGGCGCAGGACGGCCUCCGUAAGAGGAUGGACAAACUGAAAAAUUCAAUAGUAGAAACGAGCAAUUCUGUUGACAAGGAAAGGGAGAAAAACGUCAGUUUACUGCAUUUGAUUUUCCCACCUCACAUCGCAAAACGUUUGUGGUUAGGUGAAGUUAUAGAAGCUAAAAGCCACGAUGAUGUCACGAUGCUGUUUAGCGAUAUAGUGGGAUUUACUUCUAUUUGCGCCACGGCUACACCUAUGAUGGUUAUUGCAAUGCUUGAAGAUUUAUACAGCGUGUUUGAUAUAUUCUGUGAAAUUUUAGAUGUUUAUAAGGUGGAAACCAUUGGUGAUGCGUACUGUGUAGCAAGCGGUUUACAUCGUAAAAUCGAAACCCAUGCACCACAAAUAGCCUGGAUGGCGCUCCGCAUGGUAGAAACUUGUGCACAACAUCUCACUCAUGAAGGAAAUCCUAUUAAGAUGAGAAUUGGCCUUCACACAGGCACGGUUCUAGCGGGUGUGGUCGGUAAAACGAUGUUAAAGUAUUGUCUUUUCGGACACAAUGUCACUCUUGCUAACAAAUUUGAAUCCGGCUCAGAGCCUUUGAAAAUCAACGUCAGUCCAACUACCUACGAGUGGCUAAUAAAGUUCCCCGGGUUUGAAAUGGAACCCCGCGACCGUUCGUGCCUGCCGAAUUCCUUUCCCAAGGACAUCCCAGGGACUUGCUACUUUCUACAUAAAUACAGCCAUCCGGGGACAGAAGCAGACGCUCCCCAGGUUAAACAUAUAGAGGAUGCUUUAAGAGAUUUCGGGAUUGGACAAGGCAAGACAACUGAAGUGGAUUGCGAUGAACCGACUUAG